AUGAAUAUGUGGAACCACAGUGGUCCCAGUACAGAUCCCUUGUUCCUUCUCACCGGGAUACCUGGGCAGGAAGACAUCCAUCUCUGGAUCUCUAUCCCCUUCUGCUUAGUGUAUGUCAUUUCAAUAGUAGGAAAUUCAGUCAUUCUGUUCAUUAUAAAAACAGAUCCAAGCCUCCAUGAGCCCAUGUACAUUUUCCUUUCCAUGUUGGCCGUCACAGACCUUGCCUUGUCGAUAUCCACCAUGCCUACAACACUGGGUAUAUUCCUGUUUAACACCAGGGAGAUCAGUCUGGAUGCUUGUUUUGCCCAGCUGUUCUUCAUCCAUUCACUUUCAUUCAUUGAAUCAUCGGUACUCCUGUUGAUGGCCUUUGAUCGCUUCGUUGCUAUCUGUAAGCCACUGAGAUAUGCUUCUAUCUUAACCCUGCCAAGAAUUGGAAAGAUGGGACUGGUGUUUGUGCUAAGAGGAGUGGCAGUAAUAUUCCCACUCCCCUUUCUUCUUAAACGGUUCCAAUAUUGUCGAGCCAAUGUCCUCUCCCAUUGCUACUGCCUGCACCAAGAGGUCAUGAAGCUGGCUUGUUCGGACAUCACAGUCAACUACAUCUAUGGCUUCUUUCUUACAGUCUCCAUGGUGGGAUUGGAUUCACUGCUCAUCUUCCUCUCAUAUGUGAUGAUCCUCAAAACAGUGCUGAAAGUCGCGUCCCCAGCAGAGUGCCUGAGGGCCCUGAACACAUGUGUUUCCCACCUCUGUGCUGUCCUGCUCUUCUACACACCAGAGAUUGGCUUGGCUGUGAUACACAGAUUUGGGACAGGCUCUCCUCCAUUACUCAAGGUUCUCCUGGGCUACAUCUCUCUAUUGGUCCCGCCACUUAUGAACCCAAUUGUGUACAGCGUGAAAAGCAAACACCUUCGUGCGAGGAUAAUCAGGGUGUUCUCUAAAUGA